AUGGCUGCCAACGAUGCGGAGCGGGUUAAGCCCACCAAGCCCGAUGAGGCCGCCUACAAGACCAAUCUCGCUGAGGCCGAGAAGCAGCACACUGCUGCUCAGGAGAAACUGAACCAAAUCAAGUCCAAGUUGGACAAUGCUAAGCCCAACAACAAGGAUUCACCCGCCAGCAAGAGACAGCAGGAACUGCGCUCCGAACUCUCCUCCAUCCGCCAGAAGCAGUCCGGCUUCAAGUCCGGCCGCACCUCCACCCAGGAGAAGAUCAACGCCCUCGAUGCCAACCUCAAGGCCCGCAUUGCUGAGCAGAACGCCAACCGUGGUCGCCUGUCGUUCAAGAGCGUUGAGGAGAUUGACAAGGAGAUUGCCCGCCUCGAGAAGUCUGUUGACUCCGGAACCCUCCGUCUGGUCGAUGAGCGCAAGGCCCUGACUGAGGUCUCCAACCUGCGCAAGCAGCGCAAGAGCUUCGCCGGUCUGGAAGAUGCCCAGCAGGGCAUUAACGACCUCAAGGCCCAGAUUGCAGAGCUGCGCAAGACCCUCGACAACCCCGAGGCCAAGGCCCUGAGCGAUAAGUAUAACGAGAUCCAGAAGGAGCUCGACACCAUCAAGGCCGAGCAGGAUGGUGUCUUUAAGAACCUGAACGCUCUGCGCGACGAGCGGACUAAGCUGCGCAACGACCAGCAGGAGAAGUACACUGCUAUCCGCACCCUUAAGGAUGAUUACUUCAAGGCCCGCCGUGCUUACAAGGAGUACGAGGAUGAGGCGUGGCGCGUGCGCCGUGAGCGCCAGAAGGCUGAGCGUGAUGCCUUUGAGCGCGAGAAGCGCAAGAAGGUGGCCGACAAGAAGCUCGAGGAGGCCUCCCAGCUCGCUUACACCGAUGAGAUCCUCACUGCCCAGGGACUCAUCCGUCACUUCGACCCUGCGUAUAACUUCUCCGUUCUCGGACUUGACGAGAAGAAGGACGAGGGCAGCAACUUCCGCGCCGGAGUUGGCCGCACUGUUGAAGCUGCUGAGAUUAAGGGCAUGAAGGUUGUCCGCAAGGAUGACGAGGAAGACUACUUUGUUGGCUCUGGAGGCAAGAAGGGCAAGAAGGGUGGCAAGAAGGCCCCCGCUGCCGCCGAGAGCAAGUUUAACAUGAACGUUGGUAUCAUUGAGGACUUUGCCAAGGUCAAGAUCGACCCUCCCAUGAACCAGUCGGCUGUCCCUGCUGCGGUGGAGAAGUUGGCCGCCAAGAUCACCGAGUGGAAGAAAAACCAGGCCAGCAAGACCGAGGAGAACAUCAACAAGGCCAAGGAGGAGAUUAACCGCCUUGAAGAGGAGGAGGCCAACAUUGCCCAGACCAAUGGCCGUGCUACUGACGCUGCCAAGAAGCCCGCGCAAGAGAACGGCGCUCCCUCAGCGGAGGCCGAGCUGGCUCAGGAGCAAGAUGCCGUGGCUGAUGUCUCGGAUGAGCUUAAGAAGGCUGAGAUCGAAGAGAAGGCAUAG